UUAUUAUAGAAAUUACAAGAUAGAUUACAAAUCUUACACGACCGGGACUUACUUUUAAGCGCGCAUGCGCAAAUAUCACCAGUGUUAGACUGCAUUCUUUGGUACAGGAAAGUACGACAAAGAUGUCGGUAAUGCGACUGCUGCUGUUUUUCUGUCCACUGGUGACAUGGUGUGCGCAUGCGCAAAUGAUGGGCGGAUCAUGUGCGGGAAUGAACAUGAUGCAGAUUCGAGCCAUUAUCAUGCAGGCGAUAACCAAGGCAAGGGCUUCCCUAGCCAGUGAGAAACAAACGAAUGAGUACCUCAGUAUGACUGGUCAUGACGAGGCUAUGAACCCAACACCAUACAUGCCGAAAACGUACCAUCAACACUAUGCCGCUUUCUCACAUCUCAACCUGCCGGCGUCGGUGCAAGUAGACAGUGGCUAUAUUGUUCAAUACGCAACGAAGUAUAUCACUCAGACUCUCGGUGUUGGCCCUGACGAGUUGUACCAGUGUCCUGGUGUACCGCAAAUCUGGCAUGAACUAAUUUCACCAUUCUGUAUUCGACGUGACGCAAUCUGUGAUGCCAGCGCUAAAUAUAGAACUAUCGAUGGAUCUUGCAAUAACUUACAGAAUCCGCUAUGGGGACGUUCUAACAGACCCCAUCUAAGGUUUUUAAAACCUAACUAUAUGGACGAUAUCGGUUUACCACGUCAAACAAGUAUGACCGGGGAAUUUUUACCGAGUGCGAGGACUGUGAGUAAUAUCGUUCACAGCCAAGAUCCAUGCUGUCCCAUGAAGGAGAGGGACCUCAGCUUGUACGUGAUGCAAUGGGGACAGAUGAUCGACCAUGACCUUACAGACACAGCUAUAGCACGAGGAGCUAAUGAUGCAACAGUGAUCUGUUGUAACCUGACUCAAGAGGUUCUCGUGCAAAGAACUGAAUGUUUCCCGAUUGCUAUAGAACCUGGCGAUGAAAGAUUUCAGGAAUCCUGUAUGAACUUUGUUCGAUCUAUCGCUGGACAUAGUGAUACGUGUGAUAUAGGUCGACGGAAUCAGCUCAACCAGGCGACUUCAUAUCUCGAUGCCUCUUACCUUUAUGGACACAAUGAUGAAGAUGCUGGCAAGAUCAGAUCUUUCCAAAAUGGGAAACUUCGUAUGACAGACACUGGCCUCUUCCCAGCUGGACUGGAGGAUCAAACACACUGUGAACUGCAAAGCCAGGGAGAUUAUUGUAUGAAAUCAGGUGAUUUCAGAAUACACGUCAUGCCAGGUCUGACAGCUCAGCAGAUCAUGUUUCUGCGGGAACAUAAUCGAGUUGCCAGCAUAUUACAAAAGAUGAACCCGAACAUGUGUGAUGAGGAUCUGUAUCAGGAAGCACGAAAAAUCGUUAUCGCCGAGUAUCAACAUAUAACUUACACCCACUGGCUGCCACACGUCAUAGGGGACAGGUUUACUAUGCAAAUGGGCCUUGCUUCAUUGCCCAUGGGGCACAAUAACGUUUACGACCAAUCAAUAAAUCCCACGAUAUCUAACGUAUUCGGCGCAGCUGCCUUCCGUUUCGGUCACACCCUCCUACAAAACUCCGUGCUUUUCAUGAAGGAGCGAGGGACGUACGUGAGAAAUGAAAUGGCCUUCAAUCGCCCCGCCAUGAUUUUUAGUGAUAGGGCAAUGGGAUGCACUUAUGUUGGACUUGGGCUGUCGUUACAUCCGUCCAGUAAGGCCGACGAGAAAAUCGUUGACAGUGUCAGAAAUAAUCUAUUUUUAGAUAUGAAUGGACGGAGUUUCGAUCUAAUUUCUUUGAAUAUUCAAAGAGGGAGGGACCAUGGAGUUCCAGGAUACAAUGAUUGGAGAAAGUACUGUGGACUUCCAUAUGCCAUGCACUUCGGUACCCAGGCAGGUGGACUUAUAAACCAUACUCCAGAAAAUGCAAAGAAGCUUUACUCCAUAUACAGGCACCCUGAUGAUAUUGACGUAUUCUCGGGCGGCAUUUCGGAGACACCAGUUGAGGGAGGUGUGAUUGGACCGCUGUUUAGCUGCCUUAUAGGACAACAGUUUUACAACCUGAAAUACGGAGACAGGUUUUACUAUGAAAACAAUAACCAAAACACAGGAUUCAAUGCCAAUCAGUUAAAUUCUAUCAAAAAGAUGAAUUUGGCCAAACUGAUGUGCCUACAUUUUCAUAUUCCCCAUGUUCAGAUGAACCCGUUCCGUAUGCCCGGGCAAAAUAAUCCAAUGGUGAAUUGCAACAUGCUUGAUGACAUCGACUUCUCCCUGUGGCAGAUGUAAACAACAAAGGAGAUGACUUGAGGUGUUUUGAAGAUGUAUAUGUUCAAACCUGUGGAAAAUCUGACAUUCUAACAGUCAUUGCACCAUAAGACUUUGACACGUUUCAGUUGAAAAAAUUCAGUUCAGUUACUAGUAUUGUGACUUGACUUACAUACAAAUAAUGAAAAAUCGAGAGUUCAUAUAAGGGUGUACUUCUAUACUAUACAAGCAGAUAUGUUCAUUGUUCCUUCCAAAUUCUAUACAAUAUAGACACUUUCAUAUAAGAACUUUCAUAGAACGUUAUUUUAUUCUUUCUAUAUAUGCAUUGUCGAGUAAUUUCAAUAUGCGCAAAGUGGGUAUAUUUGGUGAAAUCAAUUUCUUCAAAAUCGAAGAAAAACCGUUUGUGUUGCUUUUAAGAUCAAAAUAUGUUUCGCUAAUGAAAACCAGGUGUUACAUUUUAACUGUUGGCAGUGUCACGAAAACCAGAUGUUAUUUUUUAUCUGUUGACAGCGGCACGAACAUUUAAGACCAUUCCUAAAUUAAUGACAUGUUUAUGCAUUGUGUCAAUCUCUCAGUUAGGCGUAAAAAAUUGUUUGUUUCCGGUAUCCCGACCUACCCUAAAGUUUUGGCCCGACCCUAAAUGUUUUUAUGGUCUUGGAGAUUUUUUUUAUCAACUUUUUAACAAAAAGUUGCAAAACUGCACUUUUAUGCUUUAAAUGAGGUCAGUGGUGUUAGAAAUCAACUUACUGAUGCUCUAAAAGCCACCUUAUUUCCAUUCAUUUUUUGACACAAAAAUAAUUUCCGAAAAGUUUCACUUAAUAAAAAAAUUCCAGAAAAAACCCAACAAAACAUUUCGACCUACCUACCCUAAUUUUUUUUUGAGCAUGUUACCGGAAACAAAGAUUUUUUUAGGCCUUAGUUAUCAAGUUUUUAUAACGUCUUUCAAAAAGUACUUUGUUCUGUAGAUAUGUAUAAAACAAAGACUGGACUGAUUUUUUAUAUCGUUUGUGUUGUAAUAAAAUAGGUUAAAAGUAUUAAGUGUGCAAUAAAAGUAAGACCAUUAAUCUUAUGUAUUGAUGCUUUUCACAAAUUCUUUGUAAACUUAAUUAAAUAUUAAAUACAUGACCUUUUACGAAUGUAUAACGUUUUUGUUCUAAGUUUGUUUAUCUUAAAAUUGUGUUACCUGUAUUGCUUGAAACAUAUUGCACCUGUCACAUAAGUAUGUUUUAACAACAAUUUAGAGAUAUACAGUUUUGAAAGAAUAAAUGGUUCUGG